AAAAAGUUGUGACAAAAUUAGAUGAUACUGUUGAACAUUACAGAAAUAUGUGCAAUAUAAUGGAGCGUAUCUCCCGUCGCCAAGAAGGCAUAGCAAUCGAUUAUAUGCGAUAUCACUUGGCUUUGAAUUCUUUGAUAGAAAAAGAAAAGGGUUGCUAUAUUGAAGAUUGUUAUAAUUGUUCACAAGUGGUGCAAGGGUUGGAGCAUGUAUCAAAACAUUUCCAAACAACAAGUACCAUCAUGGAAAAUACGUCUGCAUCAACGCUUGAAUCCGUUUUGGAAAAUUUAAAACGUCAACGUGAUCUUCUCGUUUCCUUUAGAGAAACUUUUGAACGAAAGGAACGGUUAUCUGUAGAUACGAUUGAUUCCAUCAGUACUCGAAUAAGAUCUAAUGAAACUCGCCUUACAUCAUUACCUUCUGGUGAUCAGGAAGCAGAAAAAUUAAAAGCUUCAAUUCAAAAGGAUAAGGAAGAUAUUGAGCAUCAACGAAUGCGAAAAACCUUUAGUUUUGUAAACGAUCAAAUCAAAUACUCACAACAGCUUUACGAAAACUGGAAAUCAUUGAAUUCCAAAGUAUAUGAAAUGCCCAUUGAAACAACUGGAUUUAUUUAA